GAAUUUUGUUAAUGAAUGCUGCGUAUAUACAAAAAUUGUUUUAGAGCCAUGACUAGUCAAAACGUCAGCGGUAAGACAACUUUGUCAAGCAGACUGGCUAAACAGAUUAAAGUAACAAAACCAAAGGCCACAACUGCCAAGCAAGAACUGUGGGACAUUGAGGAUUUGCACAGCGUUGCUGCUACAACUGCGCCACGCUACUUUUCACCUGUGCAAACACGCAAGCAGCGACAAGUGAAUACACUGCCCAAAUCAAAUUUGCCCGCCAAAAAAGCGCGCCAGGAUGAAGUUUCAAAAACCUCCAAAAUAAAAAUUGGUACUGCGACUAUAAUUAAAUGUGAAGUGGUGCCGCCUAACGAGACCUUAUUGGAAUUGAAAGUAGAGGAAGCUGCUGCCGUUAAUACCGAGCAGGACUUUCCAAAUGCCAACUGGUUGCAACAUUUGGAAAACAUUCGCUUGAUGCGCUGCGAAAAGCCGGCGCCUGUGGAUACUCUGGGCUGUCAUCAGUGUGCCGAUCAAAAUGCCAAUGAAAAGACGCAACGGUUUCACAAAUUGGUUGCUCUGAUGCUCUCCAGCCAGACCAAAGAUGAAACCACUUUUGAAGCCAUGAAACGUUUGAAAGCGCUAACUUUAACUCCUGCCAACAUACAGGGUAUGCCAGCGGUGGAGCUGGAGCGCUUGUUGCAUCCUGUUAGCUUCUAUAAAAACAAAGCCAAAUAUCUAAAGCAAACCGCGCAAAUACUCGUGGAUAAGUACAACGAGGAUAUUCCGGAUAAUAUACAGGAGCUGUUGAAGCUACCGGGAGUUGGUCCCAAAAUGGCGCACAUUUGCAUGGCCACGGCUUGGAACAAAAUCACCGGCAUUGGCGUCGAUACGCAUGUGCAUCGCAUUGCCAAUCGCUUGGCUUGGCUAAAGAAGUCCACCAAGGAGCCAGAACAAACGCGCGUUCAGCUAGAGAGCUGGCUGCCGCGUCCACUUUGGUCUGAAGUUAAUCAUUUACUUGUGGGCUUUGGACAGACUAUCUGUACGCCAGUUAAGCCCAAUUGCUCCGAGUGCCUCAAUAGGCAUAUCUGCCCGGCAUCGGCAUCUGUGUUGGCCAAGAAAAAGUGAGCAAAUUUUUUUUUUUUCAAUAUUAAGUUCAUUCUCAUGAAAAGCAAAGCAAGGCUUCAUGUGUAUUAUUAAAUUAAAUAUGUAUAGAUUUGAAGUAUUAAAUAUCAAGCUA